UUUUCUAGGACCCAACGGUGUUCUGUAGCUAAUGCUGGAGCAGCGUAAACGAAAUCAAAUCGAUCAGUUUUGAACGCAACAGUCAGACUAAAUAAAACAGGACGGUAGGACGGUUCAGGAAAUUAUGUAAUCAAUUACGAUCCUUUUUUGGGAUAGUCCGCCACGACGUCUGGGUUUUAUAACAGCAGCACUGGGACUCUGGGGUCGUGAUGUCAUCACAUUGUAACGCGCAUCCUGUCUCGAGCCGGACAGCGCGAGCGGAACAGUUCACGCCGCGACGCGAUUCUCAGAACAGACGCUUCUUUCUUCGGUCACAAGAGUUAGUUUUUUCUUUCGAGCUGCAAUUUUUUGUUUUAGAAGCAAGCAACAGAAACAGACCUUGCCAUGGAAAUCAAAACGAUCCUGUUUUUAAUUCUGAGUGCCCACGCAUGCUCUGCCUUCAACAUUAGUGAUGAAAACAGUUUCGCUGUAGAUGCAACAACUAUUGACCUGCUUGAAGUUCAUCAUAAGAAGCCACAAGCCGCCGUUGGACGCAGUUUUUCUGUGUUGCUUCAUACCCAGACUGAUGAACCGAUUGACUUGCCCGACUCUGUAAUACCAAAUAAGACUGGUAAUGAGAUAAGCCGUCAAGCAUCCCGAAGUAGGAAAAGAGUGCCUCCAUGUAUCAUCAGUGAUACAAAUGCAACGAAAUGCAACCAGACUACAAUCCAGAUAUUCAGGAUCUCAGAAGAGGCUGUUGACUUCCUUAAAAGCCCACUGGUCACACGCAUCAUGCCCUCAUUCUACAUCUUCAUCAUCCUCAUUAGUUUGCCCCUGAACGCUUUGGCCCUGGUGGCGUUCACCUGUAGGAUUCAAGUGAAGAAACCAGCGGUGAUCUACAUGUCUCACCUGGCGUGUGUGGACCUGCUCUUCACCCUGCUGCUGCCACUGAAGAUCCACUACCAGCUGAACUCUUCAGAUUGGGUGUUCGGUGAGGCUCUGUGUCGUGUGAUCAGUGCAGCUUACUACUGCUACAUGUACUGCUCCAUACUGCUGAUGAUGUGCAUGAGUGUGGACCGGCUGCUGGCCGUGGUGUUUCCCAUCGCCUCUCUGACCUGGAGGAGCAUGAGGAAAGCCUCAUGUGUGUGUGUGCUGGUCUGGCUGCUGGCGCUCGCUGGUACUGUGCCACUUCUCUUAGUGAGACAGACAUUCAAGAUUAAGGAUGUGGGACUCACCUGCCAUGAUGCCCUGAUCCACAGUGACCCCAAAGAUCAGCAGUACAUGUAUCAGUUCUCCAUUCUUUCCAUUGUCUACUUCUUUGUGCCACUUAUCACCACCUUAGUGAGCUACUCCACCAUCAUAUAUGUGCUCCAUACCAAAUGUAUUCAAUUUGUGAAGUCCUCAUCGCUCUCAGACAAGCGAAGGAGAGCUGUGAUUAUGGUUAUCACUGUGCUGAUGGUGUUUGUUUUGUGCUUCGCACCAUCCAAUGGCAUCCUAUUGUACCACUGUGUUCGUUUAGCUACUGGAUACGACCACGGUGAGGGAGAUUCAUCAUACAAAGCUUAUCUGAUAGCUGUGUGUUUGGGGAGCUCAAGUGUUUUUCUGGACCCUCUGCUGUACUACUACGGCUCGUCUCAAUGCAGACAGAAGAUCAGCUCUGUCUUUUGGUGGAGAUGGGGAAAAAGCACCUCAUCAAAUUCAUGCAGUCAGUCAAAAUCCUCUUUUCUGAGUUCGGAGUACAGUCAGGCACGCAUUAAGAUGUGAACUGUUUUGUGACUGAGCGUGCACAGUGAUACUAAAAUCAUUGUACAUCGCCAUGUCCACGUUUUUCGAAAAUAUCAAGAUUUCAGGCCAAAAAAUUAAAGUUAAGUGGCAGUAAAUAUGCCUGAAACAGAACAGAAUAUUUGUAUAGAAGAGACUUAAAAAUCUAUAUUUAAAAAAUGUACUUGAUGCACUUAGAUACAUUUUUACAAAACAAAUAGAUAAUAAAACUGGUCAUGUUGUUAUCUUUAUACUUUUUGAAUGAUUAAUUAGCACAAUUAGCAUGUUCUAAAAAAAUUAAGCAAUGUAUACUGUGUGUGGAACAGAAUAGCAUGAUAUUGACUAUUUUGUAAUUCUGAAGGCAAAACAUUAAGCUACAGUUACUGUAAUUCAUUAUAUAUAAUCACAUUGCCAGUAUAUAUUAACAGAUUUUUUCAUCUCUGUAUUUAGUAUAUAACCUUUGCUUUACAGGUUCACCAUACUAUAUUAAAUUGCCAGGUAUAACCGACAGCUUAAAUAUGCAAAUAUCUCUGCAUAUUAAAUAUGAUAUGUGCAUAUGGACAAUAUAUGUAAAUAAUGUGUGCAUCUUUUUAUUAUUGUAUUUUAAUAAAAUGUAUUGAAUUUUUAUAUUUUUACAAAAUGGUGACUAGUUGUCAAACAAGCCUAUUUUAAUACUUUGUUGCUUAAACUGAAAUGCUAAAAUCCUGCCUUACAACAGAGAUAGCUAUGCCUAGUCAUGUUUUUUCGCUUGCGUCAUAUUUAUCUGAUGUACAGAUAAGCGUAACUUCCCCAUUCUUUGAAUAACUAUUCUCAGAUCAGGACAUCACUUAUAAGCCACUCAUUUCAUUCAUAUUCGAUUAUGCUGCAUGUACGAUUCCCUGGAAUAAAUAUAUACAAAAAUAAUGUAGUUAAUGUAAUUUGGACCCUUUUAUAUUUGCUGCAUUAGCCGACCAGAUUUAGUUCAUUCAUGAAUUUACACUUUUUCAACCAAUAAUGACAAUUAUUUGCAAAGACAGUAUAAAAUGUUGUCCUAUGUCAUAUGCCAUGCAGUUAGCCUAUGUGAUUAAAAACAUUUUUCAUCUGAAGCAUG